AUGUCGCAGCGCCAUGUCCGCUUCAAUGUCAAUGAGCUUGCGCGUUGUGCAGCCGAAGCUAUUGGAGCGAAAACAUGUGUCAGCAUCUCAAAGUAUCCUGACGGUAUGUAUAACAAGAGCAUGCUGCUUACUAUGGACAACGGCUCUCGAGUUGUAGCCAAAGUUCCGAAUCCAAAUGCUGGGUUACCUCACUUCACCACGGCGAGUGAAGUUGCGACAAUGGAUUUCGCGCGAAACAUUCUUGGAACGCCAGUCCCCAAGGUUCUAGCCUGGUGCUCACGGGCGCACGAGACUCCUGUCGGCGCUGAAUACAUCAUCAUGGAGCAGGUCGCAGGGAUUGAAAUAGAACAAGUCUGGCCAAGUAUGAAGAUUGAAGAAAAAUUUGCUGUUGUUCGGGCUAUCGCUGGGUUCCAAAAGUCCUGGACAUCAGUCUCGUUCACCAAGUAUGGAAGCCUCUACUUUCCAGGAGACCUCGAAGAGGCACCCAGCGAUCAGCCGUUAUACGUGGAUGCAAAUGGCGAUCGUAUCACUGACACGCGAUAUGCUGUCGGCCCAUCAACAGGACGCGAGAAUUUCGAUCAGGGAAGAGGAACAGUCAGCUUUGACAGAGGGCCAUGGAGUUCCCUAGAAGCAUAUCAUACUGCAAUUGGGAACCGCGAGAUAGCAUGUGUCAACCAACUUCCCGAGUUGCCCAAGUCGCCGAUCACACUGUGCGCGCAUCUCUGGCACGAUGAUUUACACGUCGCCAACAUCUUCGUCGACCCCUCUGAACCCACCAAAGUGGUCGCCAUCAUCGACUGGCAGUCAACAGAGCUAUCCCCACUCUACUUCCAAGCCCGCCAACCCCUCAUCAUCGACUACAGCGGCCCGCCCAUCGACGGUCUAGUGCGAUCGCAAUUAAGAAAGGAUUUAGCCAGCCUCGAGCCCGAAGCAAAACGACAAGCCAAGAUCCUCUACUACCAGCAAUCCCUCUGCUCCCUGUUCGCCCUGCUGACGCACAACACAAACCCCCGUCUGCACGCCGCCCUCACGUACCAAGACACCGACGCAUUCACCCUCCUCGUGCUCGCGCGCAACUUGUCCAUCCACGGCGAAGCCCUCUAUCUCGCCCGCGUCGCCGAGCUGCAAGACGAAUGGCCCGCCUUCGCCGACACCACGGCGCCGUGCCCGUUCAGCUUCUCGGCCCGCGAGCGCGCUGAGAUGGAGGCUGACGCUGAGGGUGCGCUGAGGGGCAUGCACGCCAUGCGCGCGAUGCGCGAGUGUAUCGGGACGCUGUUCCCGGAGCAGGGGGUCGUGAGGCACGAGGUGUACGACGAGGCUGUCGACGCGCUGGAGCAGAUGCGGGAGCAGGUUGUUGGGUUGUAUGCGAAGACGGCGGAGGAAAGGGAGGUGUGGGAGAGGGUGUGGCCGUGGAAGGGGUGAUGGGCGGUCUUCGCUUGGGGACAUGGGGGACGGCGGGUAAUGCGAGGCGAGUUUACGGACAGAAUGGGAGUGAAGGAAAUUAGGUGGUACUGCUUCUUCAAGAGAUGGUGACAUGCGACAACGCUUCCUCCCAUCCACGGCAACGCACACCCCCACCCCAUCACCACCGCUGCACAAAGCAAAGCAAGAAGCGGAUAGCAGAGCAAGAAGCAU